GCUUCAAUCUGUGAAGAGCAUAAGAUUUUGUUAACUCCAUGGAAAUAUCGAACGAUUUAUAAAAUGUCGGAAUCUGUAAAUUGCUUCGAGCAAUCGGCAAAAUAGUAAGCUACACCAGUGAUCUACAGAGUAUUGCACUCAACGAGUAAGUGAAUUCUCAAAAGUUAGCCAGAAGGUUUCAGCACUUUCAGGAUCUAUUGUAUACAAAUUUGCUCUUGCGUCGCACGUGUUGCAAUAACUUCUGAAGAAGUGAUCGAUUUUCAUUCAGAGUUCGUAAGAAAUGGAAUCCAGCAAGUCGGAAUCGACACCUAAGCAAGCUAUGGUUUAUAUUUGCGGAGAAUGUCAUCAUGAUAACGAAAUUCGACCUAGAGAUCCCAUUCGAUGCAGAGAAUGUGGAUACAGAAUUAUGUAUAAGAAACGUACCAAAAGACUUGUCGUAUUUGAUGCACGAUGAUUUAUUACCAAAUACUAGGAUAACUGAAACGUAUGAUUUUAAGUUGAUGGAAGAUGUAUAAGCUCAAGUCCAAUGUGAAGCACACAAGUUUAAGUACAAUAAAAAUAUACAUGUUCCAAACACUGUAAUUUAAUGUUUGCACGGAGACAAGGGAUGAAUAUCUAAUAAAAUUUAGCAAUAAUAAAAUAAUACGCAUCAUUGUA